AUGCUUUGAAAUGAUAAAUGUGACGAAGCCUGCAAUAAUUUUGAUUGCCAAUAUGACUAUUAUGUAUGUGGAUGCUCUAAUGAUUGCAAAGCUGAAGACUAUGGAAACUGCAAACCAGAAUGCUUAAUAGCUGACUGCAAAUGGGAUCAAAUAAGUAUCAAUCCUGAAAAAAAAUGCAAGAACAGAGAUUUAUUUUUAUAUACCCUUUUUCACCAAGUCAUAAUAACAGAGUUGAAUCAUUCGGUUGAUUUUGAAAAUUGCUUUUUAGAUUCUAAUAAUACUUGUACUUUAGAAAUGUCUCUUAGCAAUAGCGAAUGCUAUCCUGGGUGCUAUAUUGAGAAUUGUAAUUGGGGCUUAUGCAAUGUUACUGAGACAACUUGCUCUUUGCCUUCCUGAAAUUAUUGCAGGUACUGCAUUUUUAAUAAAUCGUGCUCAUAUUACAGUGAUAAUAAUUAUCAAAUGAAGGCAGAUAUAUUUGGAAUUCAAAUAGGCUACACUAACAGCUAUAAGGAUUCAGAUUUCUAUAUAUAUCAUGUAAUUUCGACUCAAAAAGAUACUUCUCCAUCUGGAGAUGGGAGCUUUGACUCUCCUUUUGAAACCCUUGAAUAUGCUCUGCAGUCCAUUGGAAAUUUAUCGAGUAAAAUUAUUUUUUUGAUUUUGGCAAGCAAACACAAAUAAAAUGGCGACGACACCGACCCGUCCUCUCCCGGGACUGUGGCGAGAUUGGGGACCUUGCUGCGGCCUGAAGCCAAUCCGCCCAGGGAAAGGUCUGGAAUGGGUACUGGUAGUUUGUGUCCGGCUAGGUUUCCCUCUCAGUCCAGCAACGAUGAUCCUAGGGUCGUCCCGAUAGGACACGCGGCAAAAAGGGUUUUUCCUCUAGGGACCGCUAGUGCCAUUUUGGAGGGCAUAGCAGGAGUCGACAAGAGCUAAGGAGUUAAUCCUUAGCUCUAACCCUAGUCUGGCGACGUGAAGCACGGUGACCCUUCCGGGUUAGCAUGACCAAGCCCCAUGACCGAAAGGAGCUGAGUGGUAGCCUGUGGCACUUAGGUGCACACUGGGAGCAGGGCAAGGAAAGCAAGCGAGGCGUCCAAAAGGUGGAAGAAAAGGACCUUCGGUCCUGGCCGAGAGCUACUCUAUAAAUUUAACUAAGACUAAGACUAAGAUUUUGGCAAACGAUGGAAUUAUAACUUAUCUAAUCCGAAUUUAUCUUUAUCUUUUAGAGGCUUAA